CAUUACCCGUUCAUUGAGUCAGUUCCUCGAAACCCCCCCCCUCUCUCUACAUCCCCUUCCGUCCAAUCUUCACGCCGGCUGCUUCUCCGCUGGCGGCGGACGCCCUUCAAGCUUGAUCUGUCUCCGCUGUCGCUGAUUCCUCCUUGCUCGUGGUUGUCGCCGCCGCUGUGAUCUUUGCGGCCGCCAUAGCUAAAGAGAACGAAUGGCACAGAAGGCUUCUUCAGCUCAUGGUUUAGAGGAUGUGAAAACGGUGGAGGAAGUCCAAGCUAUGAUUCAAAAGAGUUUCCGACUUCCAAUGGUGAAAUUCUUGAGGCAACGCCUGGCAAAAGCUGGGUGUCCUGUGAGUGACAAUUUUUUCAAGGCUUCUGAGUGCAAAGGGGCGCAUGGCGUUGGUGGUUUUGUACCUGGUUCAGGGGUACUUGUAUGUAGCAACUAUAUGCGAAUUCAAGAUGAGGUCGACCAGGUGGUAAUUCAUGAACUAAUUAAUGCAUUUGAUGACUGUCGUGCUGUCAAUAUAGAUUGGAGUGAUUGUGCUCACCAAGCUUGUAGUGAGAUUCGAGCUGGUCAUCUAUCUGGUGAUUGCCAUUUCAAGCGGGAACUACUUCGUGGUCAUAUGAAAUUAAGAGGGCAUGAACCGGAAUGUAUCAAAAGAAGAGUUUUGAAAUCUCUCUCUUCAAACCCUAAUUGUGCUGGUUCAGCUGCCCAAGAUUCUAUGGAAGCUAUAUGGGAUAUUUGUUACAAUGAUACAAAGCCAUUUGACAGAGCUCCUUGAGAAAUUGCAUGGAUUGCAAGUUUCAACCGUCAAUGCUAAACAAUUUUUGGUGGCAACUCCCUACAAUCAUAAUGGACAAACGGUUAGAAAUGAAUUUGGAUCCUCUAAAUUUUGAAUUUUUACUUUCGAGGAUAAAGUACGAUCUCUCGCUCUUAAAUGAUUUCUCUACUUACGAUAUAUCAUACUUUACUCUCUCUAAAGUGAAAUUCAAAUUUUAGAGAAUCCAAAUCCGUUAGAAAUAACCUUUUUUUUUAUUUGAGUUAGUUUGUCUGUGGAGUACUCUUGGGAGUACUAUCCAAUUAGUCUAAUAACUUUCUUUACAUCCUUAAGCAUCGUUUGAAUUUCCUCAAAUUCUGUUAAACUUCUACUUGUUCUUGUUUCUUGUUGUGCGUAAUCACUAAAAGAAAUGGCUUCAUUUGCUUUCAUUCUUACAACUUUGGGAUGGCAGCAGCUAAGCCUUGAAGUCUUCUGUUCCUUCCUUGAUAGUUCAUAUUAAACACACAAAAUGAUUUAAUUGACUUUAUGCAUAAAGGGAAAACCAUGAAAGUAGUUCUGAAUAUAGCCUUAUUUUCUUUCUGUAAGUUAAUAUUGCUUAACAGUCAACUUAUUAUGAUUUUCAUAUACAUGUAUUGAUUUGAUUCAUCAAUCUUC